AUGGAUUACGCUCAGCAGUUCCAUCAACAGCAGGUUCCGGGUCAACAACAUCACGGCAACAGUCAACCUCAGAGCACAGGCUUUCCAUCCUCCUCUCAGCUAUCUUCUUCUACCAUAACUUCUCCCCAAUCAGCAACCCAUCCUUCUCAUCAACAAUCUCCAGUCAUUUCAUCACAUCCCAAUAUGCUCUCCCACCAGCAGUCUUAUCACCCUGCCCCUCACCAGUAUGCCGCUGCUCUGGCGGCCGCUACAGGUUCUGGGGGCUACCCUUCAUACAUGCCUUCUGAGAAUCAGAUGCAAAACCAAAUGGGAAAGCCUUCGGCUGCUCCAAGGGCCGGUGGUGCUAAGGUAGUAAAACAAGAACGUGCCGCACAAGUCCAGAGAUCCCCUCAGACAAUGCCAGGAGCACAACCACCGUCUGGCCCACCUAUGGCUAACAUGCCCCCUCAAACCCAGUCCCCAGUAACGGCACAGCGACCCACCGGCCCGGUUGGGAGGAGAAUGUCAACCCAGCAGUCGCCGACUAUUCCAACAAACCCAAUGCAAGGACGUCUCUCAAUGUCCGCCCAAGGCCAACCUCCCAUGCCACAGAUGAUCCAGCAUCAACAGAUGCAAGCCCCUCCACCCCCCCCAAUGCAGCAAGUUCCUCCACAGCCCCAGCCAGAGAUCGCUCCAGCAGAAGAUGCACCGCUAUACGUCAACGCAAAGCAGUUCCACAGGAUCCUGAAGAGAAGAAUUGCAAGGCAGAAACUUGACGAGCAACUCAGGCUAACUUCCAAAGGACGCAAGCCAUAUCUUCACGAAUCUAGACACAAUCAUGCGAUGCGGAGACCUAGAGGACCCGGAGGGAGGUUCUUAACCGCUGACGAGGUUGCUGAGAUCGAAAGAAAGAAGAAGGAAGAGGCUGGUGAACUUCCUACCGAGGAAGAGGCCCCUGCCCCGAAAGACAAGCGCAAGGAUAGCCACCCAGCUUCGACACCCGUUCGACCGCCAGUGAAUGCCGCUGCACCGGCUUCAUUGAAGAGAAAGGCCGGGGACGGUGGUGAGGGAGGUUCUGCGAAGAAAUCAAAAGCAGGGUCCGGAGUCGCCGUUGAACGCAAAAUUGCCAAUCCCGCAAAGAGGAUUCCAUCAAUGCCUCAACAACAAACCCCAACGUAUGAUAGUGAAGGUUCUCACGAUGAUGACGACGGGGACGACGAAUGA